AUGGUCGCCUUCGCCAGAAUCGCUCCUCGAGUAGCUUCUACUCCUCUUAAAGCUAGGACUUUUGCUGCUAUCACCAUGAGAGGAAAACACACUUUACCGGAGCUCCCUUACGCUUAUGAUGCUCUUGAGCCAUCUAUCUCUUCCGAGAUCAUGACCCUCCAUCACACUAAGCAUCAUCAAACCUAUGUUACCGGGUUGAACACCGCCGAGGAAUCUCUUCAAAAACUUCAAGCCAGCGGUGAUGUCAAGUCUGCUAUCGCUUUGCAACCAGCUUUGAAAUUCAACGGUGGUGGUCAUAUCAACCAUUCACUCUUCUGGAAAAAUCUUGCUCCCCACGGUUCUUCCGAAGCUAAAUUCCCUUCCUCCGGCGCUCUUUACGACCAAGUCCAAGCCGACUUUGGCGGAUUUGAGAACCUCAAGAAAGAAGUAAACACCAAAACCGCCGCCGUCCAAGGUUCAGGAUGGGGCUGGUUAGGCUUCAACAAGAGUACCAAGAAAUUGGAAGUCGUUACCACCCCCAACCAGGAUCCCCUUUUGUCUCAUGUCCCAAUUAUUGGUAUUGAUAUCUGGGAGCACGCUUUCUACCUCCAAUACAAAAAUGUCAAACCCGACUACCUCAAUGCCAUCUGGGACGUCAUCAACUUCCAAGAAGCUGAGAAGCGACUCAAGGAGGCUUUGUAA